AUGGAGGCAUAUGAGAUGGUGGAGAGCCUUAACCAACUCCCGGUGCCUAUAAGAUUGACGGCACACAUUAGUCCCGAGAAAGUUCAGUAUCUAGAUGUGGAGUUAGUUGUCGGCAACGGCAGGAUUGAGUAUAGUCUUUAUACCAAGAUGACGGAUAGAAAUACUCUACUGCAUGCAAAUAGCGCUCAUCCACAAUCAUUGAUAAAAUCACUCCCUAAAGCGCAAUACCUAAGGGUGAUGAGGAACAACUCUGAUGAGACUAUUAAGGAGAGACAAUUAUCAGAGAUGACAAAUAAAUUUCUACAACGAGGAUAUCAACGCUCGGCGUUAGACCAAGCAUUGAAAGAAGCUAAGAAACCCCGGAUACCUAGAGAACAAGCACCAACUCAAAGAUUAGUCUUCCCUACUACGUACCACAAAUCUACCCAAUCUAUUUCCUCUGCGAUAAGAAAGAACUGGAGAAUUUUGGCAACGGACGACACUCUUCCCAAA